AAAAUGAAAUUCGCACGUGUUGUUUUGACUAGACUUUUAGGGAUGUUUUUAAUUUUCGUUAUGGAAUUAGUGUUUUAGUUUAGAUUGAUAUAGAUCGUAAAAUUAUUUAAAAUGUAUUUAAGACGAAGUACGACGGUGAAGUACAUAUUAGCAGCGUUUUUUGGAGCUGUGAUUUACUGCGAAUGGUUCAUCUACCUCGUUCAGCAGCAGUACUGGACGGACUUGGAGUGCAGUAAACAUGACUCCACUUGUACCAAGAUACUAUUUAUAGCUGAUCCACAGAUACAGGGUGAUUUGGCCGUCCCUCCUCCUCUCAGCUACCUCUUUAAUUGGGACAGUGAUCGCUACUUAAAGUCAACAUUCCAAGUAGUAGCGAAGUACUUCAAGCCUGAUGUCUUGGUGUAUCUCGGAGACCUCAUGGAUGAGGGUUCCAUCGCCACAAUGCCACAGUUCCAUGGUUACGUCAAAAGACUCUCUAAUAUAUUUGAAUGGGAUUAUCCUGCUGUGCAAGUGUGGGUGCCAGGCGACAACGACAUUGGCGGUGAAAACGAACCAAUUCGCGGUGAUAAGGUAGCCGAGUUCGAGAGCGUAUUCGAGCAACCCUCCGUGAUAACGUUCGGGAAUGUUUCCUUCUAUAAAGUGAAUGCUAUCACACACACGUUCCCAUCAAGCACUGACGAGGAUGAAGACACACAGAAGAACUUUAGGAUUGUUGUCUCACAUUACCCGGUUACUUCAAGACAGAUGUUUGGAAAAAAGGUAUCCAACGCCAUUCACCCAAAGAUAUUCUUCUGCGCUCACGACCACGAGUCAAAGUACGUGAAACAGAGCAAGGAGCUAACCAACAGGGUCACAAACUGGUUCACCGCUCCGAAGUCAACCCUCAGUAUGUCGUUUGAUGAGGAGACACUAUACGAGAUCUAUGUCCCGACGUGCUCCUACCGGAUGGGGACUAGUUACAUUGGAUACGGCGCUGCGGUACUCGAGAACAACAACCAGCACAUGAGAUACACAGUGUUCUGGUCCUCAACAAGGUUCCCUUACCUAAUGCUUUACGUAGUAAUGCUCAUCAUACUGUUUAUUUACUGCCUGGUCUUCUGUGCCGCUCGACUGUUGCACAGACAAACCAAAAAUCUUACCAUGACCCCUGACAUGUCACCUCUUUUAGAUAGACUAUAGUUUUAAUACGUAUUUAUAAGACUGGACUCUUGAAAUGAUUGAUGACUUAAUUUCUAUACAAAAUAGAAAAUUUUUGGGAAUUGAAUUCAAAACCAAUUGUAAAAAAAACUGCGCUGUAGUAAUUUUAGACACUUAAUUAACUAAAAAGAGUAACAUUUACAAAUCAUAGUUCACUUUUAACAUUUAUCUGAACUAGUAGCUGAUGCCCGCGGGCCCGCCCGCUAUAAAUAAAAAACGAUCCCACAGUAACAUGAAAUCGGGAUAAAAACUAUCAUAUU